AUGUCUUUGGAAUCAAAUGAAAUAACAAACGAAAAGAAAUUAUUAAGGAAAUUGGAUACAAGACUUUUGCCAAUAAUCACACUUAUUUAUCUUCUUAGUUUCCUGGACAGGGUAAAUCUUGGAAAUGCUAAACUGGCAAACUUGGAAAGUGAUCUUGGAUUAAUUGACAGUCAAUAUAAUUGGGCCUUGACUGGUCUUUUUCCGGGAAUAAUCUUUUAUCUUACAAUGUGGUAUAAAAGAUCUGAACAAACUUAUAGAAUUAGUCUUUUUUUUUCUGGAGCGACGGUAUCAGGAGCAUUUAGUGGUUUAUUCGCUUAUUUGAUUGUAAAUGUAAAUUUUGCUUCGAGUGGAUGGCAACGUAUUUUCUUAAUUGAUGGGUGUGCUACAAUAUUUGUGGCGAUAAUAGCAUAUUUUGGUAUUCCAGACUUUCCAGAAACAGCAAGAUGGUUAACAGAAGAAGAAAUUGAAUUAGCUAUUAAGCGACUUCGAGAAGAUUCAGCAUUUGGUCAUACUUCACGUUUUAAUAAAGAUCAAAUUUUAGCAACAAUUAAAGAUUGGAAAGUAUGGUGUUCAAUGUUUAUUUUCAUGGGGAUUCUGGUCAGUUAUUAUUCUUUCUCAUUCUUUAUUCCGGAAAUCGUAAAUGGCUUGGGAUUUGAUCCUGGAAAAUAUACAGGAACGUGUCUAAUUGGUUCUGGGUUAUGUCCAUCCAUCGCAAUUUCUAUUUCCUGGUUAACAAAUAAUCUAGCAGGUAAUGUAAAAAGAGCUGUAGGAAGUGCAAUGAUAAUAGCUUGGGGAAAUAUUGGAGGAAUAAUUGCUGCUCAAAUAUAUCGACAAAAAGAUUUUCCUGAUUAUAAAAUUGGUCAUAUGAUAGUCAUUGGAUUUUUAUUAAUGUCUUUUAUAUUGGUUAAUUUACAAUAUUGCGGAUUGAAAUUGGAAAAGAAAAAAAAGGUUAGAAAUCCAUCUUGGUAUAUAGGAAAGAAUGAAGAAAUUAAACAAAUGGGAGAUAUGUAUCCAAGAUAUGUCUAUGAUUUGUAA